GUAACAAACGAAAUCAGGAUAAGUCACGUGCUGCCAAUUACCUGUUUGCGUGCUAAGUUUAGCACGAAUUCCAUCGCCCAGUACCAGGCCCAGACCCAGACCCAGCCGCAGCCCCAAAGAGUGUGAGGAGGACGUUCUGCUCUAAGUGCGUGGCACACGCGCCAAAGCCAAAUUAGAGAAAGUAACAAGCAAAAAGGCGCAAUACUCGCACACACGCAAACAGCAGCACACACUUAGCGCAUCACAAUGGGCAAGAAGAACUCCAAAUUGAAGCAGGAUACCAUCGAUCGCCUGACAACAGCCACAUACUUCACUGAAAAGGAAAUACGGCAAUGGCACAAAGGUUUUCUUAAAGACUGUCCGAAUGGCUUGCUGACUGAACAAGGCUUCAUCAAAAUAUACAAACAAUUUUUCCCGGAAGGAGAUCCCAGCAAGUUUGCUUCGCUGGUAUUUCGCGUCUUUGAUGAAAAUAAUGAUGGCGCUAUUGAGUUUGAGGAGUUUAUUCGCGCGCUCUCCAUAACAUCACGUGGAAAUUUGGAUGAAAAAUUGCAUUGGGCUUUUCGUCUCUACGAUGUGGAUAACGAUGGCUAUAUCACACGGGAGGAGAUGUACAAUAUUGUGGAUGCCAUAUAUCAAAUGGUGGGUCAACAGCCACAAACGGAGGAUGAGAACACGCCACAGAAGCGUGUGGAUAAAAUUUUCGAUCAAAUGGAUAAGAAUCACGAUGAUCGACUGACUUUGGAAGAGUUUCGUGAGGGUAGUAAAGCUGAUCCACGUAUAGUGCAGGCGUUAAGUUUAGGUGGUGAUUAACCGCAAGAUUUGUAGUUGCGUUGAAUUUGUUGUAGGGCUGCAAAUGGAUUAUGGGAGCUGCAGAGGACGGCAAUAAACAUACAACGAAUUCGCGCACAGAAGUUAUUUUAAAAUAAUCGAAUAGCACACACACACACACACACACACAAACAAACACACACACGCAGACAUAAACACAUACACACACAAAUACACCUGUACUAUAUGCCAUAUGGCUUAGAGGCCGUUUGCUUUUUUAAAAGAUUAUUAACGUCUUAGUCGCCAAAACCAAAAAAGAAGCAAAUGCUACCGCCAAAAGCAACCAGCAAGAAAUUCAAAAAGAAAAAAAAAUAAAAAAAUUGGCGAACAAAAAUGAAAUUCCAACUAAAAGCGAAUUAUAUAGUUUAUGUAUUUGUACAUGCAAACAUACGACUAUAGUCGCGCAAUAUAUAGUUAUUUCUGGGAAGCCAAAUUUAUUGUUAUUCGAAAAAUAAAUAUUACUAAAAACAAAAACAAAACAAAAGCCAAAAAGGGCAACCGCAAGCCAUAUUGCAAAUUUGAAAAAGAAACACCAAUUGAAACGCUUUUCUAAAAUUAUACAGUGUGUAAUUUAAACACUAAGCUAAUUGCCUAAAUAAACAAACAAUA